GAAGAGCCAAGGAAAAAAGCCACGUAAGAGAUAUACAAAAAGAGAGAAAGAAAAAAUCAAGAAAGUCGAAGCGCCUGAAGACGAUGAGAGUUGUACUGUUGACGACAACCUCCUCUUGGCCCAAAUGAACGAACAAAAAAAAGAAGAUGAAGAAAAAAGCGAAAGAGAAAAAAUGGAACUGUUUGAUGAAAAAAAAGAAAAGAAUUUGGAAGACAAAACCGAAAAUCUUUCGGAACGGAUCUCAGAAAAAAUGGACGAACGCCCCAACGAAAGUCCAAAGGAAACUACAAAACACACACGAAAACGAAAGUUGAGAAGUGCGACAGAACGAAAGCCAACACUCCGCCUUGCUUGUCUUGAGAAAGAGACAAAACAAAAAUCAACACGACAAAACUCAAGAGAGACAAAUUCACCGCAGCUUAUUCCCUCAAUCACUCAGACGGGCAUUGUCUCUCAAUCAAUCUCUCAGAUAAAGCCGGAACGGUCACUGUAUGAAGACCAUCUUUCUAUCAUUUCAAAAGCUGGCAUUUUAGAUUUAAAUGGUCAGGUCGACUUCUCAAACAUCGUUCUACACACAGAAAAACCGAAAACUGCCAAAGUGAAAGAAGACAAACUCAAGGACUUAAAGAAGAUGAAAAAGGAAGUCUCACUUGAUUCGUCGAUCAUUAGCAAAAUCACACAAUUCUGCACAAACGACCCACCAAACCAAGUCAAACCAACGCAAGUCAAAAAGACGGGGACUUCCUCUGAAAACGAAAAUGAAGAAAAGACAGAGCAAAUCAAAACAAUGCCAAAACUAAAGGAAAGUGACAACAAUAAACAGAUCAGCGGGCCGAUCCCUUCGAUCGACUUGGGCUCUAAAUGA